AUGACGUACAACAGCACCGCGACCGCGAUCCGAGGUCCGAGACGCUGGUCGCCGCCGCAACAGUACGCCGCCGCAUCCGCCGCCACGCCGCCUUCGCCGCGCGCGAUGUCCGAUUCGUCUUCCGGCACGAUGACGGUAAGCACCCCCGUAUAUAUAACGUAUGAUAAUUUUUCGCCGCACUUGUAGCAGCGUCAUUAUAUUACGGCCGGGAACUUAUUGCGCUUGAAGUCCACGAAAAACCGCUAAAAAAACGUCAAAAAACUCUGAAAAAAACACUUGAAAAAUAUUUUUAAAAAAAAAAUAAAAACGGUAGAAGCGUUUAAAUGUUCCCCCCUCUAACGGCUUUGACUUAUUGAAUACAACUGUCUAACAAAUUAUCAACCCGAAUUAAUUUUUUUUUUUUUUUUUAUAAUAAGUACAAUUUUAUUUAAACAAAAUAAUUUUUUGUUAAUCAUUUGCAUCGUGUUAAAAAAUUGUAUGUUUAAUAACUUUGAGAAUCUUUAGACAGGGGACCAUUGAACCCUUCUAUUAUUCGUUGUAAUAUAAUAUUUGCUCGGAGUGCUUUUUUGUCAAUUUUAAGUAUAAUAAGUCCCGAGCCCUAAUCAUUAUCAAAAUCGACUGGUCACUACAUUAAAAUAAUAGUUACUAUUUUCGAAAAAUUUAAUCAGCAUCUAAACACUAUUUUAAAAAAAAAAACCUUCUUACGUACGAUUAGAAUAACUAUAAUCCCUGCUGUUGUAUAGAAUACGUGCGAUGAUCCUCUUGUAUCAAAUUUUCGAGCGUCCGUAAGCGAAAAUAUUUUGGGAAUCAUACCACGUCAAUAUAAAAGGUCAGGUCUCUACGCUUGUUUCUUAUAUGGGAUCUCAUCGAAAUUAAUUUUAAAAAACUAUACUAUGUUGAACGUUCAUAUUCCCGUUUUUCCUCGAUAAUAGAAAAAGUGCAUGGUGUUAUAAAAAAAAAACCAACAACCUCUGAAAUGCGUAUUAAAAUAAAUUCGAAAUGCUAUAAAACAGUUUUUAUAAAAUUUCAAUUGGACCAAGUCUUCCGGUUAAAUGCAAUUUUACAAAUAGCACAUAAUAUUUCAGUAAAACUAACCGCUUCACUUACUCAGUACCUAUCUAAAACAAUUGAUAUCAAUAACCUACCUGAUUAUUUUAUCUACCUGGAAAUAAAAUCUGUUAAACUUUUAACGGUUUUAUACUUUUUCAAUAGUGGAGAUUAUCGUCCUUGCGAGGCUUCAACUUUUUUUAACAAUUUUCCUCGGUUCAUUGUGCCUGUACUGUGAACCGCCAAAAUAGUUUUACAUUUAAGUAUACUAAAUAGAACCUGAACGCGUAGGAGAUAACGUUUAGUUGCACAAUAUAAACUCCCAUUAAGGUUCCUGAUUAAUUGUUUUAUUGUUCCCAUCGGUAGGGUCAACCAAAAACACGCAUACACCUACAUCUACAAAUACCUACUUCAUACCUCAUGUUUAUCGUUUAAAAAUUCAAAAACUAUUUAUAACUAUUACGACGGUCGUUUAUAUUUAAAAUAAAAUAUACAUGUUUUUUAUAUGUAUACAUAAGUUUUUAUUUACGAUGAACAGUUAAAGAAAAUAAAAACUUACUCCGUAUAAAAGUUUUACGUCCCAAAGUCGCAUCAAGGAAGUAAACGCGUAAAAGAUGGCGUAUAAUAGAUAAAUUUAAAAAAAAAAGAUAAUAAAAUGUAAUGUACGUCGACAAAUAAAUUAUUGCAUAUGAUUAUAAUAGCGCAUAUGAACAACGGACAGACAGGCCCGGGCAAAAUUUUGUAUUUUAAAAGAGAGUUGUGACAGAAAGGAAAUUGGACAAGAACGGGAAGAUAGUGAAAUAUGUAUACGUUCAGCAAGUCUGGGAAGACCUAACUCAUGAAGGUUGAGAGAUUAAUCGUGGGAGAAUGUGCAAUAUGGAUUCUGAAUACAAGACAACCAAACUCCUUCUAGACACACUCGCAGUCGUUACAGUUGGACGAGAAAUGAUUCCAGGGGAAGUUCCUUCCUUGAAUAUGGUUUCUAUAUUCAAUAUAUUCUAAUUCUAUAAUGCAAAAAAAUAUCAUUACGUACAUAAAGUCCUCAAGAAACUAACCCGUUCAAAUCAGAGUUAAUUGUUUUUUUUUUUUUUUGAUUUUGCAAUCGAAAUUUUCAAGAUAAUACAGAAAUACGAAACAUUUUUUUUCCGUGUACAGUAGUAAGCAUACUAUUUAGUAUUUACCGGACAAUAGUUUGCUAGUUUUACGGUGAAUUUGUGGUGUUUUGGGCGAAUGAUCAAUUUGGCAAUAAGUAAUAGCUGUGUGCGACGUAAUGCAUGUGACCGAAUUAAAGAUACCGCGACGGUCGUUCAAAUCGCUUCGUACUAUUUAUAUUUUAAUAUUACACGGAAAUAUUUUUCAAUAACACACAAUAUUUCACUAUUAGUUUUGACGAAUGAUCGUGUGUAACGCGCCUAUGAUAUACUGUCACGGGAGUACCAGGUUUCAAUACGCCGAUGAGCACAAAAUGGCGAGUGUGUGUAAAAGCGGUUGCCAUAUAUAUAUAUGUACAGUAUUGGCAAAACGCAACAUUUUUUAAUAAUAAAAUAUCAAGUAUAAUGGGCUUUUAAUAAUAUUUAAAAUAAGAACGGUAAAUCACUAUAAUAGUUGUACAAAUGUUGUUUGGUAUUGUAAAAGUAUGCGCCAUGUGCGUUAUUGUAUUUUUUUUUAAUCAUACUGAGACAAAGUAACUUUUUCAUAUUGUCACACAACCUUCAUCAUCGCUCACGAGUCGCCACUGCAAUAUUAUAUUUUAAAUCAAAUCAUUAUUUGUCGUAAACCCACGUUUGAUAGGUGGUAAUCUGACGAUUCGAAAUAUACGAGUAUAUUAUAUACGUAAAUACAAAGCAAAAUUGCAUUCAUUAUUAUAUCGAAUAAUUGACAAUUUGCGCCAAAACUUUAUUAGAUGUUUUAAGAAAAAACCAAAAAAAUCGAAAAAUAAAAUCGUCGAUAGACUACAAAACUCGUCCUACAGCAUCAUCGUAUUGAACAACUCGUAUAAAAUCUCUUCUUUACACCUAUGGGCUAUGGCCUAAAUUACAAAUUGUUAUACUUAUCACUCAUCACUCAUAUAUACAGUUAUAUAUAUCACCUAACCUUGAUCCGAUAUUAGUGAUAUUAGUAGAUCCUUAUGCUAAUAAUUCUAUCAAUAUUCAUUUUAUUUUUACAAUUUUUUUUUUUAAUCGAGUUUUGUGCAAGGGGGUCAUAAGUAAAAAAAAAUUGAAACUUUUAUUUUCAUCCUUCAAUUAUUGAAAACAAUUAUUUUAUUUUAUUACAUUUCAAAAUUUCCAAAAUAGCCAUUUUGUGAAAAAUUUUAUUCUAAAAAUUUUAACGUAACAGUACAUUUAUAUUCGAUCAAUCGUUUCUUAAUAAUAGCCGUUUUAAUUUCUAAAAAAUUGGCGUGAAAUCGAUUAAUUUUUGAUAGUAUAACACGUUACGCGAUAAGGAAUUACAAUCGGCACGGAAAUUCUUUUUUACGCCUAUUUUUUUAUAAAUUAAAGACACUAUAACUAAGAAACUAUUAAUCGAAAAUAAAUGUAUGAUACGUUAAAAUAUUCAGAAUAAUAUUUUACAAUUUUAUUUUUCCUUACACACAGGUAUGUGCGCCCCUGGCACAAAACACGAUUGAAAAAAAAUGAAUAUUGACAGAGUUAUUAACAUAAGGAUAACACUAUAAGACAUUCUAGAUUACGCAUUUAUUUUACACACAAAUUUAUUGUAGGUUUAAAAAGAGCUGAUACUAAAUUUUGAUUUUCCAAACAGUUUUCAUAAAAGGAGAUUCGAUUAUACUCUAUGUAUGCAAUAACAUGUUACACCUACCUUGUCCUGUUCUGAUUAUGUUUAAAGAAGUCCAUUGCGCUCAUAUAUAAUCAAAUACUGGUACCUUAAACGUUGGGUUUAUAAUGAGGGUAGAGUUAUACGGCACUCUGAGUUUAGGCAUCUUCUCAUCCAGGUUUCUACCACACUUUCUUCCGGAAUAAAUAUUGAUUUUAUCCUUUUGGGUGAGUGUUCUUUAAUUUCUUUAAGAAGUGGAAGAUUAGGUAGGUUGUUUAUUUUCAUCAGCAGGUCCUUAGUGUUGUUAAAGUCUUCGUAGGUCUGCUGGAACUAUGUUUGUCAGAAUUGAAAGCCACUCUGUUUGCGUCGGUUUAACUACGCGUUAAUGAUUUUGUUCCAGUUCGGUUAUAAAUAAUCGUAGAGACUCGUAGAUUUUAAAUUGUAAUACUGUAUUGCAUUUAUUAUCAAUUCUUUUUUGGAAUUCCGAGUGUACUUUGAACUGCUUUCAGUGGUGGUUUUGUGAAAUACUGGUUUUUAGUACGUUAAAUUAAAAGCCCUAUUUAUUAUUAUUUUUAUUAUUACCAUUUCAUUCUAAUAUAAUAAUAUUUAAUUUGUAAUGCUUUUUUCAGCACCGCAAGUACGUGGAUCCAUGGGACCUGGAUUUGCGUGAGGUGUCGUGGAGACACUCGAGUGAUACAACGGACUAUUCGGCUGACCAGGUGGUGUCACUGUCAUCGGCCACCGGACCGGAGUCCACGCGGUCUGACUUUGUAUACGUUCCGGGCCCGUCAAAGGGAAAAUCGGCUAGAACUAGGGCUCGGUCAGUUCCUCGAUACGAGUGUUGCCAGUGUUCCCCGAAAACGUCUCUGGUAAUACCUCCACCCGAUCAAAGUAAGUUUACAUACUAAUUUGGCCCUUCUCAGAUUAUAAAUACAAAUUCACCGGAUUUAUUGAAAAAAAUUCCAGUUUUUUUUUGGAGGGCGGGGGUAGAGAAGGCCAGAUAGCUAAAUAGAGAAAUCUUACUAUAAACAAGAUUAAUAUAUGAGACAUUAACUAGUUAAAAAAAAUUGUGUAACUAAACAAUAGGUUAAUACCUAUUGUUUAGUUACACAAAAAAAAAGCUAAUGCUUUUUUUUGUUAACUAUAUAAUUAUAUUUAGGAUUAUACCUAAAACUGGUUUGGUUUUCAUCGAGUUUCAUAAUUUUUACGGUCAAUUUUCAGAAAUAUCUAGUUAAGACUUAAGAGAACGUGAUAUCUCCCAUAUUUAAGGAAUUUCGUACAGUCAAUUUUUUAGAAAAAUAUAAUUUUAAUCACCUCGAAAGUUCACUUUCAAUUACGUUUACAAGUAGUUCCGAGCCAUUAUUACAAGUAUAUUUAUUGUGUAACCGUUAAAUUAACAAAGAGAAGCCGUUUGACGAGAGCAACAAUACGUGGACAUAUAUUUAAUUAAGAAACUAAAUGAUCACCAUAAAAAAGAAAAUUUCGUUUUUGAAUAUCAUUUCUAUGAAAAAAGUUAUUCGAAUUCAAACAUAAAAUUAUCAACUAGUAAAACAAUAAUAACUUUAUAAAUUCUGAGUGGAACGAGAAUUGAAUUGAUUGGAAUCAUGCCCUAGUCGAAAAUUUACCCCUACUCCUUAUUCCUUAAAUCAAUGUUAACCAUAAUACACGUGAUUAUGCAUUUGUAAUGUUCUUUUCCGAACAGUAGGUAUACAUGAAUACACUUGAAUCGGAAUAUUAUUAGAUACAUAAUAUUAUCCAAAUUGAUGACGAUUGUGACCUGCCAAUAAUAAUAUUAUUUUAGAAUAAUACGAUUCUAUUUCUCGAAAACGCAGUUCUCUAAAUAAAUGCUGUCAACCCACAAGAGUUUUUUUUUUUCAAUUGGUAAUUAUUUUUUAAAUCUAUUCACCGCCACUGUAUUUCUGCAAAACAAGUUUUUUUUAUAAUACCCAGAGUUACCUUUAAAUAGAUGUAUAAAUUUACGAUAUUUUACGCUAGAUUCUAAAAACGUAUAAUAAUUAUUAUAUAUAUAUAUAUAACUAUAAGAAUUCUAUAAUAAGGUCUCAGAAUAAGGGUCAUUAUCAGUGAGGCGUCAUAAGUGGGCCGACAUAAGGGUCGAUUACCUUUUGCAUUUUACAUUUUAUCAACGACGGCGCCAUUAUAACAUUUUAUGCAUACUAAAACACAUUAAAAAAAAAGAAAGCUGCCAAAGUGUAGUCUGAAUUCUUCAAAUGACGUCACUGAUUGUUUAACAACUAACCCACAAAACAGAUCAUCUUGUAUUCGUUCAGACGACGUUGUAUUCAUAUAUAAGUAAAAAAAUAAACAUAUAGACUGCACCUUGGACAAAUUUUUCUCAGACAGUAUCUGAUUAACGAAAACAGGUAAAGAAAUAUUUCUUUUUUUCCGUGAAAAGCAUUGAUUUAUCAUUUAUCAGCAGUUUCUAAAGUGAGUAGAACCUAAGGGUUCAACGGAAAAAUCACAAUAGUUCCGCACACACCUCAUGACUUUUCUUAUCACAUUAUGUCUUUUCAAUUAAUAGUUGAAAAAUUGUGAUUAAGUUAAAGUUAGGGUUUCGUGAAAUACAAAUUAUUUUCUUAGGGUACAGUGACCGUACAAGUUUAGGAAUCACUAGCAUGCGUAAUGAUAAAUUACUUAUUCCCGUGAAAAAAAUCUUACAAUUUUGUCCUUUUUUCUUCGAUAAUACCCGUUUAUACUUAUCACAUUUUGUUUGACUGUUUGUCAUGGGCACAAGGCGAAACCAAUUAACUUGAUAUGUCUGUGAUAUAGAAACUCAUUAUAAUCAUUAAAACUCAAAGGAUGGGUCGCUAUAAUUUUUUUUUUUUGAAAAUCUAUCUAUUUCCAUUAAUAUACCCACUUACGGUUUUCGGAUCAUUUCAGCUGAAAUGUAUGAAUAUUGGGAACCCGGUUGUAAACGGCAGCCGCCAUACAGAUACGCCACAGCCGUUGAUGACCAUUUUUACUCAGCCACUAGUGCGACCGCUUCUGAUUACGCCGGGCCGUCGACUAACCAGUGUUGCCUGCUGUACAACGUCUCCGGGCCGGAAGUCCGCCGAAAUUCGCGUUACAACAACAGGUAAUUAUAAUCUGGUAUGGAUUUUCAAACAUUUUAUAGCACUAAAGGAACAUAAUAACCAUAUUUCCACCAAAAUUAACCAAAGCCUUUUCCACCAAUCCACUUUUCCAUCGACUAUGUCUUUUGUUACUUUUUACCAAUUGUGACACUUCGCCGGAAUGGGACGAACCGGCUACUUUAUAAAAUUAGGUUCUUUUUUUUUUUCAAAUUUUUUCCAAAAGUAAAAACUAUUACACUGUAUUGUAUCUGUUUCAUAAUAUAUCUUUUUCCCGCUACUUUGUAGGACUUCUAACGCCUCCUUUGGUCCUUGAAAUUAGCCUAAAUUCAGGAAUUUGAGUUAUUUUUAAAUGCGGAUUGAUGUCGUAAUAGUUGAACUUAAUAUCAAUAUGAAUAGGUCUGUUUGAAUUUCAUUCUGUGUACAAUUUUACUUAUCAUAAUACAACUUUUUUUUUAAUUUAGACUUUUAAUUUUUCAAAAAAAUCAAUUAAAAUUAUUUAAAAAUAUUUAUAUGUAUUUUUUCAUAAAAAAAAUACAUAUAAAAUCUACUCUACAAUUUUAUAUUUGUGUUAUUUUUUGUCACCCUUAUUUUGAGAGUAAAACCACUACCUACUUUUGAUUUUCAAAUGUCAUCUACAUUAAUAAUUCCAUAAAUAGAUGGAGUCAAAAUAAAUAUAAAUGUAGACAUUUUUUAUUUCCGUCAAUCCGUUGACAAGAUAUUCCACUUUUAAGUGUAGGUUGGAGGAAAGUAGUGGAGUAUCAUUUGUGUGGCGAUACGACGCGCAGCGUGUUAAUAAUGCACUAUUACUCUCCUUCAACCCAAACUUAAAAGAAGAAUGUCUUGUCAACGGCUUGACAGAAAUCAAAAAUGUCAACACUAACAUUUAUUUUGACUAACACUCCAUCUAUUUAUGGACUUUUUAAUAUAGGUUGCCGUUUAAAAAUCAAAAGCAGGUAGUGGUUUUACCCCAAAAAAAACGGGCGACAAAAAAUAACAUAAAAAAAAAAUUGUAGAGCAGCUUGUUUCUUAAAUGUUCUAGAAAAUAAAUUACGAAAAAAUUUAACAAUUUCCGAGAUAAAGAGUGUACCCACUUAAAUGGAUCACCUGGUAUACCUGUCAGCAACAAUAGACCAUUGCUAACGAAAAAAUGAUUCUGAGCGGAGUUCAGUUGAUAGUAAUGUUUUGUUAACAUUAUAUUUGUCGUAUUAUUAUAAAAUUAUUAAAUAGGCAUUAUAUAUUUUCUUUAAUGACAUUUGUUUAAUAUAUUUACCGAUUUUCCGUAAUAUUUUCAACCAAUACAUAUAUUUGGUUAAUUUUCCCGUUUUUCCACCGUUUUUUUUUUCGGUUUUUCACAUUUGUUGAGAAAACUCCUAUCCAAAUCAAAAAAUAACCUCCUUAAAGUACCUUUCCAGUCUGAUUUCCUUUUAGAAAAGUGUCGUUAAAAGAUAAAUAAAUUUUCGACUAAAUAAACUAUUUUUUUAUGAAUAAAUAAAAAUAAAUAUUUUUAAAAUAAUUUUGAUUGGUUAUUAUUUUUCGGUUUUUGAAAAUAAAAGUCUAAAAUAAAAAAAAUGUACAAUUCGAACAGACCUCUAAAAGCGUUGGUAUGCCCUUCUAUAAGAUAGCAUAUAAUUCGAACUAUCCAAUUUAUGUUUAUUUAUUUUGUCGUGCAAUUCAUAUGCAAUGGCGGAAGAAGGGCUUUUAUUUACUUUUGAACACCCCUACAGAUACUCAAAUAAAGCUGGGUUACUGGAAUUUCGUAUAUGCAUAACGUUUAUAUCAAUUAUCUAUAUUUUGGCGUUUUAAAAUUUAAACCCCCCAACCAUACAAUUUGAUCGAUCAGGUUUUACUAUAUUUUGGAGAAAUAUAGAAAAAUACUAAUGAUCCAAGGACAUACUGCACUCUAAGGUGAUAAAAAGUCACCGCGGAUUUAGGCAAAGCAGAGAGGAAAUGAGAAAAACUUAACCUAUGGUAUUUAAACCUGAUAGUUCUUCAAAAUAUGUACAAGAACAGUAAUAUAACCCUAAAACCUAGUUGAAAACGGCAUAAAGUCACACGGUUCGGAGAAACGUGUAUUGGCAAAAAAGAAAAAUGUUCAUUUUGGCGCAAACUGGUCUCGGAGUACAUAUAUCGGGCAAUAAUCCAUAAAGGCUGAUAAUCCCAUUACAAUAAUGUGUAUAGAAAAUGUUAGUGUUAUAUACCACAACGGUCGCUGCAGUCAAAAAGUCUAACAUAAAUCCAUGAAAUAAAAUAUAUAGGUACAGAAAAGACUUGAUAUGUUAUGUAAAAUACGGGUGGUGUGGCUGCGUGGAGCUCGUUAUUCCUCUCCGGCGACCCGUGAACUAUUCGGGUGGUAUACUAUAAUGUAUAGUAAAUAAGGGGCCGAGGGCGAGAGCGGAGGAUUCAGCGUGAGAGGCAAAGUUCCCGGGUGACAUGACGUCGGAAUAAUGAGGACGUUGUCGUCGAAAAAGAUAACAACGGCACGCGUUUAAUAUUAUUAUUAUUAUGUUUUCGAAACGAAGAAAAAAAAAUUAUAAUAAUAAAAACCGUCAUUAUCGGUUCAUCGAAAAUUAUUGCACGCGAAUUUUCCAUCGACAAAAUACUCAUGAUAAGCGGAACUUCAUAUGUAUUUAAAAUCCUUAUUAAAUUAUGACUGUUGGAUCGAAACAAAUUGAAAUGUACCUGCGUAUGUGCACGUUACGUAAUAUGCAAAGUGAUUUUUAAAUACUCGUUUUCUUCAUUUUACUUAGACGGGUAAUUAUUUUAUAAUCUACUAAAAAGCUCAUUUAAAAAAUUGUAUUUUGAAUAAUAUUUAAGUUAAAUGAGUUUAUAAAUUAAUUUUCAUAUAUCAUGAACGUUUGAAAAAAUAUUGCCUCUAUGUGUAAUUAAUGGAAUUAUUAAAAUUAUUCAAUUGUUGUUGUGAUUAGUGGAAAGAACUCAUAGCUCUAAAACAUUACCAUCUAUGCGUUUAAAUACCCAAUAUACGUAAUUUGAAAUUAAAAACAAAUAAUUUCUUUUAAAUUUAUUUACUAAAUUUAUUUUACUUAGAUAGUUAAUAGUUACAACUUGCAGAUACUUCUUCCAACAUUUUGAAAAAUAACAAAAAAAUAUUUCAGCUUCUAAAAUGUUUAAGAUUAAUACAUCAUAUUCAUUCAACACUUCAAGACUGAAUCUAGACACAUAAUUUUAGAUUCUGAAAGGCGAAGCGAGGGAUCUAUUAGUUUUACAAUGCUAUUUAUUUCUUCUUUUUCUUUGUUCUUUAUGCUAGUCUGUGGACACGUUUUUUCUAGUAAACUUGCUCCGAUUCUUACAUGUAGCAACUUUUCAAAAAUCAUUUUUUGAUUUUUAAAAGAUUCCUUUUUUGUUUCCCUUUUGAUUUACUUUCUUACGGUAUCAUUUCCAAAACUCUUGAGCUUUUUUUGAGCUUUUAAGAAAUUUUAAUUUUUAUGAGUUUUUUUCUAUAAUUCGGUUAUAAAUAAAAACUUGAAUCUUGAUCAUAAUACUUAUAUUGGACUUACCUAGACGUGGUAAAAUUUUCAAAAUGAUCAGACGACACUUUUUUAUUUUUUUAAUAAGUAUUUUAAAAUCAAAUUUAAACGAUAACAAUAGUUUUCCAAAUUUUGCCUUUGCCUUUCUAAGAUGUGUCGUAUUCCUAUGAUACAUAUCAGUAAGUACUAUGGUGUACUGUCAGUACUGGGCUUGAUAAUUUGAUAAUAUUGUGUCGUUUUAUGGGUAUGUGAAUAUGCGAACAAGGCUGGAAUUCAACCCAAUAUUGAAUUUACCUUUUGGGAAUGAAAAAAAAAUACUAAGUAAAAAGAACGUUAACGCUAUUGUGGACCGAAUUGGAAGAUUUUGGUAUUGUAUACAGAAUUAAUUAUGAGGCAAGGUAGACUGCAUGUACUACAGUCUUAUAGGCAAAAUAAAAUCCAAAUAAUAAUAGUCUGAGGAAUCAUACAGGAAUACAGUAUAGUGCAUACUAUAUACUGUAUAGUUAAAAAAUUAUUCACCCAACCACUCUUUUUUUUAAAGUUUUAAAGCUUCUAAAAAGAAAAUGAAAAAGACGUCAUAGGAUAAUGGAGACGGGUGUAGCCACUGUUAUAGGAAAUUUAAUAUAUAUCUGCGUUAUAUAAUCAACGAUAAACCAUUGCUAACGAAAAAACGAUUCUGAACCAAAUGAAAAAUCAAAAAAUUAUCUCCCUAAAUUGUCAAGGAAAUAAAAAUUUUUUUAAGAAAAUAAGCUACACUUGAUUGUCAAGCAAGAUUUCUGGUAGAAAAGUUUGCACAACAAAGCGAUGGCUUGAGUUUCUAGGUACAUCCAAAAUGAAUUUGUCAUUUUCAUUAUUUAGGUACAAGGGGAAAAAAAAUACAAACAAUUUUGUUCGAAACAUGGAUUUGAACUCAGAACCAUAGUAUGAAAAUAGACAUGUAUAACCAUAAGAUCACGACAAAUAUGCUUUAGAAAAACAAUAUAGAGUUUUUAACAUAGCAUUAUAUCCGCAUAAUAUCAGAAUUUCAAAAAGCUAUAAUUUUUGAAACUAAGUCUGCUUUUACCACGUCUAGAAAAGGCAAAUAUAAAUUUUCUAUCCGAAUUUUAAGUCCAUAGAAAUUAUACGAAUAUUUUAAAAUUAAUUUCAACAAAUAACAAAAUUGAAAAAUAAUAAACAUCUUAAUGAAACCAAUACAUUCUUCGCUACACUUAGAAUCUAAAAUUUAAAUUGAAUUUGAAUCUAACAAUUUCUAUUGUAUUAUUGAAUGAAAUAAAAACGUUAUUGAGGAAAAUAUUGAUAAAAUUAUGAUUUAAAUAAAAUAUAUAUCAAAAACUAUAAAAUAGAAUAAAAUAUGACCUAAAAACAAACAAAAAUCAACGUAUAUAUAUAAAAUUAUAUUAAAAAUCUAGCUUCGUCUUAGUAUAAAAAGUAAUCGUUUUUUACUCCACUAUUUUUUUAUAAUGGUGUAAAAUAAAUAAUAUACAAAUGCCACAAGUUCUGUUGCACUACUAAUAAUUAAUAAGAAGAAAUAUAACGUAGGCACUAAACCAAGUAGUCCGCCACAAAUGGUGUCAUUUUUUUAUUUUAACACGAGUCCCUUCAUUUCCCUGUACUGACGUAGAUAUUAAAUUUUUAUUUUUUAAGUGCUCUUUAAAUUAUACUUCGUCCCGAACAGUGGCGGUUUUUAAGGGGAGGGACGAUGGAAGCGACCACCCCCCCCCCCCCUGAACCUUUUUUUUUUUUUAUUGACUGUUAGGUAUAUUCUAUACUUAAGCAACGAUAAACCAUUGCUAACGAAAAAACUAUUCUGAGCGGAGUUCAGUUAAUAGUGUUAUCAGCAAUAUAUAUAUAUAUACAUGUCAUAUUAUAAUAAAAUAAUUAAAUAGGCAUUUAUAUUUUCUUUAGUAAUAUUUGUUUAAUAUAGUACCAAUUUUCCCGGUUUUUCACAUUUGCUCGGAAAACUUAAGGCAAUCGAAAAAUUAAAAGUUAUAACAUCAAAAUUGAUUUAGACUAAUAUUUCAUAUAUUCUUGUAAUUUUUAAUAUAUAGGUUCUUCUGAGUGAAAAGAACUGACUCCAACUUUAUUUAGUUAUCACUGUCUGGGUUUUUACUGUCUUUAAAUCUAAAUAUUCGUCCUAAAGAACUAAAACAUACAAAAUAUCUAGGUAUAAAUAGCUGGAAAAUAACCAGAAUGUUACCACUUAAAAAAAAAAAAAGUUGAUAUAAUUACUCUGUGAACUCUUAUAUACUCCGUGGAAAUUUCAGGUCUCUGCGAUUAUUUUUACUGAAUAAAAACAAAAUCGAAAAUAAUGAAACCGUCGAUGUCGUGAAUAGAGUAAACUUUCCGUGUUUCUUAUGUUUUUUUCCUGCUUCUUUCAAUAAUUAUGAAAACCGUUUGGUCAAUUAGACCCCUCUUUAAUGCACCAACUAAAUCCGAAAUCCAACAAAAAAAGGUCUCUUUAUUAUGUUUUAGCCCUAGCAAUAAUUCAGGUAGAAUAGUUGUAUACAAACACACAACGAUUUUGAAUGGUUAAGCACCUAUAACUCCGCUAAUCCAUGCCUAUGACAAUCUUACAAGAUUUUUUUUUUCUUCGCUCCUCCCCCGUGGUCCUAUAAGAUUGAAGAAAUUCCAUCAGUGAAGUAAUGGACAAUUCUGCAGCGCAUAAUGAUUUUACGCAAACCACCGAAUAUAAAUAAUUAUUCCGACAUUUGGCUCAUUUUAAAUUUGGUAUUAUAUCAAUAUUACACAGCACAUGUAAUUGGUUUGUAGUUGUAAUGCAUUAGCAAUUUGUGCUUACCUGUGAUGCUUAUAUUUUAAUACGUAAUUCGUGUGCCGUAUUUCAGCAGUUUUCUUUUUUUAUGUAAAAUAUUUCUAUAGUAAACGUAAACGGAUUAACAUAUUAUAAUGCAUUGUAUAGUAUCAGUUGUGUUUGGCAAAACGUUUUGCUAAUUUACUUUUUAAUUUUACAAAAAAUAAAAAUAAAAUAUUUGUAAACCAUAUUUUUGUCAUUUCUUAUUUUACUAUCGCUGCAGGUAUUAUAUAGUGUAUAGUAUUUAAUAAGAGGAACGCAAUUUUAAAAGAGAACUAUUGUGGAAUAAUAGAGGAUAACUGACAUCCAAGGAUAUCUAGUGGAUAACCAAUGUCAAAGUAUAAUUUAAUUAAUUGUAGGCAAGAUCCCAAGGAAAUAAUGCAGUGAGUCUGAAAGCAGUAGAUAACUAAAAGAUAGGUGAAUGAAUUUGUUUCGUAACUAACAAAAGGCCAGAAAUACCGUUAUUUCUUUUUCCCAAGUAAAUCCAUUUUUAUACGAUAAUGGAAUAAUACGUCAUAACUAUUAUCGGUUUAAAAUUAUAAAUAUCUGUUUAUUGAUAAGUUAGACAUCAAUGAAAAUUGUUAGUUUGUUAUUUUUACAAAUUUUUGAUUUUUAAAAAUCUGUUUUUGUUGAUUCUAAAGUGAAAGAAGUUAUUAGUUUAUUGGUUCUAUUGAACUGUGUUUUUUUCUCGGAAUACAAUUUCUCGAUUAGUAAAAAUGACCCGAAUUGUUCGCAUGGUACUUUAAUAGAUACUAAUUUUUUGGUCGGUGGUACUUUAUUUGAAAAAAUGUCCAGAUUCCCAAAAAAUUUUCUAAAAAAUUUUAAAAAAGCUGACAGAAAAUUAUAUUGGUUUUAUGUUUGUUAAUUCUGAAUUAUCUUGGCUACAAAGGGAAAAACACAACUGAUACUGUAAUCUUAUCAAUUUAUGAAUCUUCGCCCAGAAUCGUUUUUUAAUUGCAACGAUUUAUCGUUACUUUCGGUACAUAAACCAAUUCGCCCUUCACUAAAACAUCUACAACCACUAGGCCAAUGGUGUGAAGUACUAUUGGCUUUGUUUCUCCCGUGCUCAUAUAUCAACUGUUCCGAUGUUUGUAAAAUCCUUUAAAAUGUUUACCUGGCCUAAUCCACCUUGAUAAAGACUCGGAUUAUUCGUCUGGCGAUUAUAUUAUUUUAUUUGAAAUUCGUUUCGUUUCGCAUAAUAUAUGUGCAAUUGCUUUCUUUGAAUGCCGUUACCACUUUACGCACGGCGAAUAUAAUGUAGUUGAUUUUUGCGCCAUUCAACUGCAAUAUAGGUAGGUGUGCGGUAUUUUUGUCAUUCGUAUUUAUUUGGGCAUAUCAAUACAUACCUAUCGUCGCGUCACGCGUUCGCGUCGCUACAUAGCCCUUUGUAUGGUCACGUUGCUGCCGUUUGUGUUCUCUCUCUUUGCAAACGCUCGCGCACAGUCUAUUAUUUAAAGGACUUAUUGCAGUGUAAUAAUAUAUAUAUUGUUUAAUCGAGUUCCGGAAUACCUACCUAAUAUUAUAUUAUUAAUUAUUAUUUCACUGUUGGCGGUUUUCUAUAGACGCUCGUAUAAGUAUACGCGUGUAAUAUAUUCAAUUAUACGCGAUAACUCGUAGGUACCUAUGGUACAUAUUAUUCUAAUACGGUACACAAUUAACCAUGGUUUUCAUAAUGUAAUUGCGAGCAACCGCGAUAGUGUUUUAAUAUAAUAAUCUAAUAUACCUAUGCAAUAUUAAUAUUAUUUUCUAAAAUCGAUCCGUGUAAAAACGCCAGUAAUUCAACUGUAACGUAACAUAAUAGGUACCCAACUAUUAUAAUAAUUCACCGCAUUGCCGCACCAUUUCCAUCAUCCAAACAGUAACUAUUAUAGACAACCAUAAUCAAACGGUAAUUUUUCAUUGUUUUAUAAUUAUUACUUACACCUGGUAUGAUAAUAUAAUAAAAUAGGUUGAUAAAAAUGUCGGCGAUAAAAUUUGAUUUUAAUGAAUUUUAAUCGAAUAACUUCUCGCAAUAAGAGUGUUUUAGUUUUACUUAGAAGUGUUUUUGUUCUCGGGAAACCUCUGUUUUGGUUAAUAAAGUACAGUUAAUUUGUAUGGUAAGUAUUUCUAUUUAAUUUAUAUUAAAUUGACAUUAUUAAUACUUACAAAAAUUUAGUUUAGAACAACGAAUUUUCAUACUAUGGGAUAUUGUCGAAAUUGGUAAUAUAUUUUUAACUGUGCAGAUAGGUACAAUACGGACGGGGAAUUGCCAAGCAAAUGGAAUUUCCAAGCAAAUGGAAUUGUUUAAUGAAACUUUUCGCACACACCUACCUGACGUAUAACAAUUUAAAUACAGAGUGAUAUAUUCCAUGAUGAAUCCGCAAUUAGAUAAUUGCGGAGAUACGAAAUCAUUAAUGAAUCGUUUAUUAUUAUCUCGUUUACUAAAAAACAACAUUAAACGCAAUAUGCAUAGUUUAUUUUCAAAUAACAAACGUUUCUAAACAUGAAUAGAUAUUAAAUUUAUUACCAUUUUUUGCUUCACCCUAAACUAAAAAUUAAUAUAACUCCUUAACGGUAUAGGUAACCUACCCGAUAUUAUACAGUAUUAAACGUAUAGGCAUUAACAACAUUUUUUGUAAAAAUCAAUUUUUUUUUUGAAUUAAAUAUAUGAGGUGCUGUUUGAAAAUCGACAGACUAUAUGUAGGUACUUAUGUAGGGUGUGUAAAUUGUUUGCGGUAUAGCGAGUAUGAGGUUAUCGUUCAGAAAUUUCCGAAAUAAAAAACUGAAAAUCAAAUUUACUUUAGUCGGCUGACGAUAAAAUAAUCACUCUGUAUGUAUUAUGCAUGCCGUAUGUAGUUUGUCAAUAAUUUUAUUGGAAUCACAUAACUGAAAAUGUUUACGACCACUAUCAAAAUAUUAUGACCCUUUAAUCAUCAAAAUACAGACCUCUAUGUCAAUUCUAUCAAUUCGUAUUCAUGUGCUGUACCUAUAUAAUAAUUUAUUUGAAUUAUUAUUAUUUGCAUUCGUUUGUUGUUUGUGCGUCCCUUGACGUCAAAAUGUUAUAAUUAUUGUGGGCUGUAGAUUAUAAUUUGAUACGUUUUUAUUCAGCGAAAUAAAAAAUAUCAUAAAUAAUAGUACAAAUAUUAAAAGUUUUAUUUUUAUAUGGUAUAAUAGAUUAUUUAUCACAUUUCGUUAAUCACACAACUUUUCGAAAUCUAUAUGUAAAACAAAUCCUGUACACUUUUUUACUACUUUUUUAUUCAAGCAAUUAUUUUUAUCUUUAUCUACUCAUAGAUAUUUUAAAAGUUAUACUUAUACGACGUUGGGUAUAGUAAACGGUUAAAUAAGUAAUUAUGCGUUUUCGGCGAGACCAAUAAAAUAUAUCAUACGCUGGACGGUUAGAAAAGCAUGGUAAAACUAUUUGAUUAUCUUUAUUGUAUCAGGAGAUAUUUCAAUGGGUCAUCCUCAUGGGACACCCUGUAUAAUUUAAGCUAAAAUAUAUAUAUUUGUUUUUGUUUUCUCAUAGAAUAGAUCUCAUUUAUAUUAUUUCUGUUCAAUUUUGUUGUUGUCAACCGGGAUUUGAACAGUACCAAUUUAAACAAUUCAAUCGUCCUCGUCAUAAAUGUAAUUAAAUUUACACAUUUACAUUUACGAACCGCUGUACAGGUUUAAAAAUAAAACGAAACGCAAUUAUAUUAAUAAGGAAAAAAAGUAUAAAACAAACGGCAAACAAAAUGAAUGCGAAAAUGAAUUUGUUUUGCGUUUCGAAACAAGGCUUUGAUGGCGGCCUUUGGAAAAAUUAAAAUCAGUAAAAUUCGAAAACCUUGUGCCUAUUACAGAAACUUAGCGGUACUCACGCCAAAGAAUCCAAUUUAUUUUUAAUUAGAUAUAAGGUGUAAUUCGUGUCAGAAUAAAAACAUUUCAGUAUCGAUUGGAAACAAUCAAUAAUAAAUAAAUAAAACCUCCCGUAGUCAAGGGUGUGUAUAGUAAUUGGACAGCAUCCAAUUUCGUAACCAAUUCAUUGGUUUUCCUUUCUCAGCCAUCUUUUCGCGAGUUCCCGUAUCAAGUAGGUCCCCUUAUAGUAUUGACUGGCUCGGGUAUCAGUCUCGGUUGAACACCCAUUUUUAUCCCAUUAGAAAGUUCUUAUCAGGAACUAUUUAGACUUUCCAAGGAAUAUAUAAGUGCCACAGUUUAUUAUAAUAUGGCUCGAAAUAGGUAACUCUCAAGAAUUACUUUGUCGGCAUUUCUCGGGCCACACUUUUUAUGAAUGCCCGGAAGAAGACACGUUAACCUCAUGUGGGUAUACAUUUAUUAUAUAUUUUGUACAUUUCUAUUGCCAAACGGCAACCGAUAUUACACAUUUCAUAAAUAUAUGAUGUUUUUUAAUUUUGUGUUUCAGUGUUGAACUUUUUAAUAUUCGUUAAGUCGUUGGCAACACAUUCCACUUAAGUAUUUCAUUUUGUAGUUUAGGGAAGAUUAGUUGCGCGCUACCUAUUUAAAUUCCGCGUGCCCCGCCACUACUCAAGUUGAGUAACUAAAAUAAUAGUCCACCCUCUUCUUAAUACCCACAAAAUUACAAACUUAAAAAUGGAAUAGCUCGUCAAUCGUCAUCAGGAAGAUGGAAAAUAAAUAAUUGCAGUAUUAUGUUUUAUUUAAACUUUAAACUAAACUUCAUCUUUUUAAACAAAAAUCUGAACAUUUAGUAAGAAAACGGUACUAGUUAGUAGAAAAAAAAUCCUUUGCUACUAUAAUGCGAAUAAGAAUGUGCCUAUAUAAUACAAAAAAAAAAAAAAAAUAAUAAUAAUAAAACAGUUGAAGGUUUUUCAUUUAUUAAAAUAAAUUAACUUAUCAACGUUUUCGUGAAAAUAUGUUAGCAUUAUUAUAAGGUUAGUUAAUUAGAAAAAAAACUCUUCAAACUUUACAAUUGGCCGAAAAAAAAAGCAACUUAUUAUAAUAUUUUUACAACAUUAGUUCUUUUUUAUAUUAAAAUUUAAAAAAAAACAACUUUAACAAGCUAAAAUAUUUUAUUUUGAAAGAAACAUAAAUAUGGGUACCUGGGUUCUGUAAAGAAUAAAAAAAAAAAUCACAAUAAUAAUGAAUAAUAUUAUCGAGUGUAUUUUCGAGAACGGAUAUAUCAUGCAACUUGAAGUUUGCGCAGAAAAUAAAAUAAAAUAAUAUCGGUGCAGUGGUGGAUCUAGGAGUGGUCGAUGGAUGCGAUCCCUCCAUUCGCUCUCCAGUAUACUAUUAUACCAUUAGCCCUAAUGUACACAAAGUUUGAUUUUCAUAAUAAAUGAGUGACACAUAUGCAUUUUCCAAAUCGCCGCCUAUCUUUUCUUGGAUCCAUCCUUGCAAUAUAUCAACGAAUUUGAACAAUUAUUUAUGACAAAAUACAACUUAGUUGCAUGUGUGUAUAAGAUAAAUAAUACGUGACUAGUGACUUAUGUAUCUUUUUGUAUAUUUAAAAAGGCCGGAAAUACUUCAUAAUAUUGGCAGGCUACUGAUGUUUUAGAUGGGAAAUCGGAAAGAUAUAAGGGUAGAUAUAAAGAAUAUAGGAUUUUACUUUUAUAUAUCAUACUUUUAGCGCAGAUGGAAAAAAAGAGCCGAUACUGCUAGUGGGCGCGCGGUGCACGUGCGCCACUGUUGCAAGUGACAAAAUUGAAAAUAUAGAAUACAUAAAGUUAUUUAGUAUAUAUGUAUAACCAAUAACAAACCAUUGCUAAUGAAAAACGGUUCCAAGUUCGUUCAUAUUUGAUUCGAGAGCCCAUAAUAUUUAAGAUUUUCAUCAAAAUUUGAUCUUAUAUCUUUAUAAAAAAAAAAAAUUUCAUUACUUUCUAUUUCAUUUUUUUGGCCACUAAGUACAACUUAUAGUUAAACUUUUAUUAAAUUUUCAAGCAUUUUCGAACAUAAAAUCCAAGUGAGAAAACUCGCAAGUAUAAAAUGCUGAUAAAUAAUUCAGAACUUGCCAAAAUGUUUUGAAAAUUUUGUCGCGACUAGAAAAGAUAAAUAUAAGUUUUCUAUCAAAAUUCAAGUAUCUAUGAAUAUUUUUAACUGUAUUACAACAAACAAAUAAAAUUGAAAACAAUGAAACCAGUAUUUCUGAAAUUCUGCCGUUCUUUUUCCGGAUUUGUUCGAUUAUUUAGAGAACUACACGGAAUAACAAAAAACUAUUUACUUCCUAAGUAACCAUAGUUCCAGAAUACAACAAAAAAUGGCAAUUUCAAACAAAAUUUCAACUGAAAAACAAGCGUAAAAAUUGAAAAUUAUGAAAUCGAUAACGUCGCAGUGCGCUUUAAAUAUUUGUUAGCUUUUCUGAUGAUUUUUUCCCAGUUUUCCCCAAUUAUUAUUGAAACUCCCAAGAUAAAAAAAUUAAAAAAUGACCACUCCAAUGCACCGAUUAGUUCCAAAAUACAAUUGUGUUUUAUACUUUUGCUUUUUUUGUCUCAAAAAAUAUUUUAAUAGAAAAAAAGUUAUUGCAUUUAUCAAAUCAAAUAUUAUACUGAAUCGCUCUAUAUACAAUACCAUGCACCUGUUAUAUGUAAUAUAUGGUUUGUCGAUUACCCUAUAAUAACCGCUUCGCGGUUAUCAACACAAUUAUGGCACGGUUGCGGAAAAGUUUUGACACAAUUCGUAUUACGAAAUCGAUUUCGGGUAUCGAAAUUUAAUGUUUACACGAGCCAAUAAGAAAUUUCUAAUGCCCGUCGUUGUACUUCAUGUCACGCCCCAUUAUGCACGUCGUCGUCAGCGUGCAUAAUUGGUGUAAUUAUUAUAUUAUUAAUUAUGCUUGUAUACAAGGUGAUUUUUUUUUCUUAUUCAAUCCAACUACAAUUGUCUACGAGAAUUUUCAAUAAAAUUGAUUUUUAUCUGUUUUUUUUUUUUCCUCAGCCGUUAUGAUAAAUCAUUAGAAUCUUUUAAUGAUCUUAUAUUGACAAUACUUAAAACAUUUUUUCUCGUUAUUCCGUACACGGUGCACAGAAAAAAACAUUUAUACAGUUUGGAUUUUCAAAUAGCAACUUUUCAAACCACAUUUGAAAUGAGAACAUUUUUCUAAAAAUUUCAACACGCAUAAUACUAAAAUAUUAAAUUUAAAUUGUAUGAGUCAGUUUAAAAUAUGUUGACCAGAGACGUACGGACGUAUCACUAUCCAAAAAUGGAUAUGAUAUCCAUUUCGGAUCUAAAUUGCAUACUUUUACGAAUCGUUAACGGUAUUGUCGAUAUUAGUGUUAUGCGUAUCAAAAUGUCUAGAAAAAUAUUCUCUUUUCGAAACUAUGUUCAAAAUGUGGUUUUCUGUUUUAAAAUCAAAAGUUAAUAUUCAUUAAAAGUGUUUUUUGUAAUAUCUAAGUAUUUCAGGAGUGGGAGUAAAAAUUCGAAAACAGCUUUGAAUUAAAGCUUCCCGUAUAAUAUUUGAAAAACAAAAAAAAAAAAAAAAACAGAAAUCCAAUUUAUUUAAAAUUCCCCGAUAAAUCGCUGGAUCAUGAGAACAAAAAAGUACACUGUGUAUGGUCGUUAGCAAAAUACUAAUGUAUACCGCCGUUCAAACGGAAUACAAUUAAUAAAAACGAUGUUAAUAUGCCGAAUUUGAAGGAAACGAUUUGUUCGGAUUUAUAAUUUGACCAUAUUUAUUCGAGGGUAUGUUUACUUUUUCAAUCGUAUUUUCUUCAUACACAGUCUAGUCGAAUUCUCGGACGUGCAGUCUUCAUAGAACCGGUAGAUAUCCCGUUUCUCUUUCUUUUAUUAUUAUUAUUAUUUUUUUUUUUAACGUAAACAGAAACAGCAUUUAUCUGUAAAACUAUUGUAUUUCUCGGUCAAAAUCUGAAAAAAAAUUCUGGACCCGUACCUGGAAUAAACUGCAGUUGUUUUUUUUUCUUGUACCGCUCUACGCGCAUUAAUUUCGUAUACACGAAAUAAUGUUAUUUACAAUUCUCUGGUAUAAUAACAUAAUUAUUUAUGACGAACGGUUAAACGUACCGAAGUAAGUAACAUACGUUUUAUAAUGCAAUACAGAACGGGCGCGGUGAGAUGCGUUUUCCCCUUAUUGUUGCCUGUUUCGUGAAUACGAAUCGUGGGAAAAGGGAUGCACCACUUGUGCGUACGGACCGAAACGUCGACGACUGUCGGCCAAAUCAAGGUCGCCCCCGGGGCCCGCGCAGCACUAACGUUUCGGUUAUCUUAUUAUAACUUGUAAUAUUGUCGUUACGGUCUGGUAAACGUAAUAUAGCCGUCGAUGACGAUAACGAUUUGAAAAUAUUAACGAACCGACCGUUGUUUGCUGAUGUUCGUCCGAGUGGAAAUCCUACUACUCGUGUACCUCUAUCGUUACAUUGGUAUCAUAAUAUUAUAUUAGAUACGCGUAUUUUAAAUGCCCGUGUGCACAAUAAACAAAAUAAUAGUGCGCGUGCUACGGCGGCGACUGGUAUACAGUUAUACGAUAACCACACGACGACGAGCGCUGCUCACACGCAAGCCGGUUGAGUUUCUGAAAUGUUAUUUUUAUCGAGUUAAAAUAAAUACAGUAGCCGCCAAACUGAAAAAAAAAAAAAUCGGUCUGCCGGAUGUGAAAAAAAAAAAAACAACGUUAUAGAGAAACUAUUUGUACGCCUAUAAUACAAUCGUCUAUUUACGUCGCACUUCGCGUUUAUUAAAAUUUUUACUCAAACACAAUAACACUAUUGUAGGUGGGGGGGGGGGGUGUGUGUGUGUGUGUUAUAGUAAUUAAAAUAUCAAACCGCCUCGUAGUAAUUAUUUAUCCGAGUUCGGACCCAGCCGAAUCGGUUUUAGAAGUUUUACAAAACACGACCCCACACGGACUCGUCGGUCCGAUACCGAUAUGGCUCCAAGAAAUUUAGGUGUCCUGAAUGCGCAUCUAAGACCCACCGUGUCCUGCCCGCCCGGUCGAUGAAAAACCACGACGGGCCGCGUGCACGGUUACAAAUGGUAAAUGCUUCGGCCGAACUCGGAUAUGGUCUGUGAACGCGCGACCCGGUGCGCGCGAUUUACGUCGCGUCUAAUAACAUUGUUACUUAUCUGAUAACUGUUUACAGUGACGUUGACUCGGCGCAAAGUCGAGCGUACGAGACCAGCAGCGGCGAGUACAAUUCGGCCGAGCACGUGAUGACGCCUAGUCAAUUCCGUUUUAACACUCUGGGCCACAUGAAAAUCGAUUACUCGUCCAACUGGAACAAUCUGGACAAAUAUAUCUGCCAAGUUUAA